AUGCUCAACACAUCGGCGACGACUGUGGGCAGCUGUCUGCUGCUGAUGCUAAUACUAGUGCUGCUGCAACUGGGCGUGGCCAUGCCCUGGUGGCAUCGGAACGAUGCGGGCUACGAUGCCAGCUUGGAUCCCGUUGCCUGGUCUCGGGCCUUCGUUCAGGAUCAAGUUCGCAAGCCGCGCAUCAGUCAGCCGAUGCAAUUGCCGCAGCUGGAGCAGCACCGGCGCAGCUGGUAUAAACUGUUGCUAAGGUCAAUUGGAUUACGUUUCAAGACCAAAUCCCGCCAAUGCGAAGGCGGUAAAAACAUAUGCAAACAUGAUGUAAGCGAGUCCCAAACGCCACACAAGCAGCUAAAGACCUAA